UUUCACACGUGACAUGAGGAUGAAAUGCGGUGGUUAUUGAGCUGUAUUCACACAGAAGGACGAGCCAGCACCGCCAGCAGUUCGAGCCCGCUACAACCACUGGGUCACAGCGUCAUAACCGCAGUAUCUACUCAAGGUCUUUUUCAGAGUUUCAAGAUGUCCUACAAGGUAGAAACAGUAUUGAAGGAGCCUGUGUCAACCAUCGGCGAAGGUCCCCAUUGGGACGACGCCACACAGACGUUGCUGUUCGUCGACAUCAUGAAGGGAGACGUUCACAGAUACGACCCAGUCACUGGCAAAGAUGACGUCAUCACUCUAGACGAUGUUGUGGGAUUCGUUGUUCCUCGCAGCAAGGGCGGGCUGGUCAUAGCUCUCGGUCUGGCGUUCGCAUCAUUGGACUGGGAGACGAAGACGGUUACAAAACUGGCGGAAACAGAUCCUGGAACACAGAACCACAGACUGAACGACGGGAAGUGUGAUCCAAGAGGAAGGGUGUGGGGAGGUACCAUGGACAAAGAGUUUGCCCCCAGGGAAGGUGGUCUGUACUGCCUUGACACAGAUGGCACUCUGAGCAAACAGGACGAGAACUUCACCAUCUCAAACGGCAUGGCGUGGUCCCCGGACAACAAGACCAUGUACUUCAACGACACGACGCCUCGGGAAAUCUACGCUUACGACUACGACAUCGACACAGGCAAAAUAUCAAAUCGCCGAGUACUGGUCAACUACAGAGACAUCCCUGAGCUGAGCGGGGAAGAAGUAUUUGGUCCUGAUGGCAUGACGAUUGACACUGAAGGCAACCUGUGGGUGGCCUGUUUUAAUGCCGGGUGUGUGGCGAAAAUUGAUUCAAAAACAGGAAAGUUAUUACAGAAAGUGGACAUACCCAACGCAACCAGAAUCACCUCUGUGUGUUGGGGCGGCAAGAACCACGAUGAACUGUAUGUCACCAGUUUGAAGAUGCAGCCAAAUACUAGUUUCACUGUAAGAGACACGCUUGAUGGUGCUUUGUUUCGAGUUACCGGCCUUGGGGCACGCGGCGCGCCAGCAGAUAUCUAUCAAGGUUGAACCUGAAAGAUAGAGACAGAUAGAGACUGUGCUUUACCGACUGGGAUUCGUCUUGUUUGCGCCUAGUGUGGUGUAGAGUGGCUUUGCUGACUGUGUUUCAAAUAUUUCUUUUUUUGUAUACAUCAACUUAUAGCCUUUCCCCCAUGAUGUCGUACUUCAUAUUGUGACCAAGGAUCUAUUCAGAAACAGAAACAGAAGUUUAUUGUAUUUUGAGGCCAGGAGGCCCCUUGAGGCCUUUAAGAUGUUAAAUACAUUUUUCGGAGCGCUUUUAUCUUAUGAUAGUACCAUAUGAACUAUGGUACACAAUGCCAUUGAUUCUGUGAUUAUGAUAAUAUUUUUUAAAAGAAAUAGCACCUUGAGGACCUUAGUGAGAUCUACAGAAAUAAUACCCCACCACGUACCCCGAGGUUACACACAUCACAAGUAUGCACCACUGUCAAUUUGAGGCGAUUUCAGAGAAGCUAGGAGGCGACCCGAAAUAUGCUGAUGAUUGCUUUCGCUUCAAUUCCACACUUUUUGUGUAACAAUUGUACAUGCUUUUUACAUUAUUUUCUCAUGUUAGAUAAAUGCCAAAGAAUAAAUCUGUAUAUAACUCAA